AUGAAAUCAUCUUUCAAGCAAGAAUAUCCAUUUGAAAAGCGGAAAGCUGAAUCAGACAAGAUUUGUCAAAAAUUCGAAGACAGAAUCCCUGUUAUCUGUGAGAAGGCAGACAAUUCAGAUAUACCGGAAAUUGAUAAAAGGAAAUAUUUGGUUCCUUCGGAUUUGACUAUAGGUCAAUUCGUUUAUGUGGUUAGGAAAAGAAUCAUAUUACCUGCAGAAAAGGCUAUCUUUAUCUUCGUAAAUGAUACAUUACCACCCACUUCUGCUUUGUUAUCUACAGUGUAUCAAGAACAUAAAGAUAAAGAUGGCUUCCUGUAUAUUACUUAUUCGGGUGAAAAUACCUUUGGAUGCUCUCUGGAAUAA